ACAAGUUGUGGACGCCAGCAGAGACCGGUUCUCACAGCGAGAGCGAUCACCAUGGCCUCGGCGUUGAACUGCACACCUUUCGUGCCAUGUUUUAUUUAUUAUCUGCUACUUGUUGGUACAGUAUUUUGCGACGUCGAUGAAGAGGAAGAUGAACAUGCAAAGCACGCGUACACGGUGGAGAUGUUUAACGACGCAAUACCUACCGCGCCUCACUUUGUCAUGUUCUACGCUCCCUGGUGCGGCCACUGCCAGAAGCUCCAACCAACAUGGAAUGAACUGGCAGACAAAUACAACAGCAUGGACAAUCCCCCAGUAUAUGUUGUAAAGGUAGAUUGUGUCCAAGAUACCAAGUUCUGCUCCAACGCCCACGGAGUCAGAGGUUACCCCACGCUGAAACUGUUCAGACCAGAUCAUGAGGCAGUGAAGUAUCAGGGGCCCAGGGAUCUACAAUCUCUGGAAACGUGGAUGCUCAAGACUCUCCAAGAGGAGCCAUCGGAGCCAGAGAGUGAGCUGGAGCCUCCCAAAGCCCCAGAGCCCAAACAGGGCAUGUAUGAGCUUACUGCUCCCAGCUUUAAGGCCCAUAUUUCCAAAGGUGCUCACUUUGUCAAGUUCUUUGCCCCUUGGUGUGGCCACUGUAAAGCCAUGGCACCGACAUGGGAGCAGCUGGCCACCAUCUUUGAGCACUCAGAUGAUGUAAAGAUCGCCAAGGUGGACUGCACACAGCACUACGAGGUGUGUUCGGAAAACGCUGUGCGUGGAUAUCCCACUCUGCUAUUCUUCUACAAUGGAAAGAAGACAGACCAGUACAGAGGGAAGAGAGACCUAGACUCAUUCAAAGACUUUGUGGACAGUCAAUUGAAGGCCGCUGUGGAGGCAGAGGAGCCUAAACCUGAGGAACCAGCAGCAAAUGAAAUUCCCACAGAUGAGCCAGCCAAAGAGGAGGAAGAGUCCGGUGUAUUGGUACUGACGGAGAGCAACUUUGAUGAGACCGUAGCCAAGGGCCUGACUUUCAUCAAAUUUUACGCACCAUGGUGCGGCCACUGUAAAAACCUUGCUCCAGCCUGGGAUGACCUGUCUAAGAAGGAGUUCCCAGUUCUCACUGAUGUCAAGAUCGCCAAAGUUGACUGCACUGUGGAGCGUACACUCUGUAACAGAUUCUCUGUGCGCGGUUACCCCACCUUAAUCAUCUUCCGGGCAGGGGAGCAGGGAGACGAACAUCACGGUGGACGGGACCUGGAGAGCCUGCACAGCUUUGUGAUGAAGCAGGCAAGAGAUGAGCUGUAAAACGGCUCAAUCAGCCUGAAAAGUACUCAUAUUUCACCUUCCUGCACCACCCACACUGAACAUAGGGCCAGUAGGAUCCCGCUCACUCUGGUGGCCUACUCUCCUGUCUCUCAAUAUUUCUCUCUCUCUGUCUAAUCAGUUUCUCUUCAAGAGUAGGACUGACAUCAGUCAAAUAUGGGCUGCUCCAGUCUGUUCUGUCUCCACGGCUCAUUUGUAUGAGCAGAGAUGGUAUGAUUCAGUAGUUUGUUUGCAAUGUGAAUGUAUUUCAUUGCUGUUGCCCAAGCAUAACUUUUCUACUGAGAAUAGGAUGCUUUGUUGGCUCUGCAAUGAAGUUAUGUCUGAGAACCACUUUAAAAACGUUACUUAAUCAGUCAGAACCUCAGCUCUUGGUGCAAACUGAAAUGUAUAUUAAUUUUCGUACUAAUGAGGGUAGCACUCAUUGACAAACAUCAGGGUUUGUCUAUAUUUAAAACCAAAUCAGAUCACUGUGUCUGACCAAAUUUCUGCACCUGUUUAAAUUUUUUUUUAAAGGAACAUUUUAUGUAUGGGAUCUAUUGUUAAUGAGCCAUUAAUGUAACAGUAUUGUUGCCCAGAAAGCUGAAAAUAUUUGCUGCAUCCUCCCAUUGUGAAGUUGAGUGUUAAGUCGAAGGUAAUUUUUAUCCAUGCUAGUGACAGGUUAAUACACUUAACUCUCAGGGAAAUACCCAUGCAGACUGAUAGGUGUAGUAAAAGGGGAGUAUUGUCCUGGGAAUCAGAUGUGACUUUUUUUUUUUUCCUGAAAGAUGAGAUUCCCUUAUUUUCCCUGAUUGUUGAUGCAAAAAUUGUUUACAAAAUUGGUAAGUCCUGGUAAACUGUGCAUCCCUUCCUUUUCUCUGACUCCUGUAAUUUUACCCAUUCAUUCCUCACCGCCCCUCCUAACAUCCAGAGCCCCAGGCCUGCAUUUUGUUACCCCGAAUUUCCAUUAUUGACUACUGUUAGAGCUACCACUGCUUCUGUCCUCUGUCCCAAACGCAGCCGGCCCAUCUGGAUGAGCUGCUGCCCAGCUUGGAAAGCUGUUCCUUAGAACUGCACUUUGACUCAGUGUGUGGUCCAACAUGAUAGUCAUAAAGGUACAAAAACCUGAAUGUAAAGUAUGGUAGUGUUUGUUUUUCUUAUUAGGGCCUGCUGGGCUCCAGAGAUGAUUCCAGUCAAAGAAAAGUGGUUGGAGAGCAGUUUGACCACUGGGAGCUAGUAUUAGGGGUACAAUAUGCAGUACAAUUUACUGAUGUCUUGAAUACUAAACACACUCCCCCUUUUCACUGGUACAGCUCCCUCAGCUCGGCUCUAUGUCAUGGUCUUGUCUUCUUUUUAAGUAAGGGGUAGGGUCCAGCGGUUUUGCAUUGAAAGUUCACUCCAGCAGCAAUCCUCUGACUGAUUGUGACUAUCGGGUCCGGUGUUGCCUUAUGUUCGAACUGCGUAUGUAAAAAUGGUGGCCUACCUGAGUGAGUUCAUUUAAUGCACCUGAUCCAUCUAACACCACAAUGCACACGUCCGUCUUUUCUAAACUGGCUGAGGCUGACAUUUAGCUUGCUAGAGUUACUGAUAAUACCAUGAGGCCUUCAUCUGCAAGUACCUUGUCUGCUGGACAGAGUGGUUAAGGGAGGCUAACUAUGGCCCUAUAGGCAAGGACUUUUUAAGUAAUUUUGUACCCAUGUCACACAUGGAAAAAUGCAGACAUAUCUGUGGAAAGGCCUAUACGUCACUCCUUAUGUAUAAUCCUUUUCCUUUUUGACUCUCCAUCAUGAACUCGAAUUUAAGACUGAUAGCUGAUCUCAACAUGAUGGCAUGGUUUGCUAUUGUGUUAACAUUGGGGAGUUUUCAAAAUCCAGCCAACGAUUUCUCGAUGUCAGUUGAAUUUGAAUCGAUAUUCCACAUGUAAAGAACUUUCAACCCACUGUCAACGUUUCUUCCAAAGUAGCAGUUAUAGUAGACAAACUUAUCCCAUCCAACAUCUCCCCUAAAUUUGGCUGAGGGCUACUUUUAAUGUCCUCCCCCAUGUAUAACCUUUGUCUCCAUCCCAUCUAUUUGACACAUCUAUUUUAUCUGAUCAUGACUAACCAAACUGAAAUGUCCUUACCUCAAAACCAUUUCUUCUGUUUAUCAGCAGUACAAUGAAAUCCAUUAUCGACGUGGAUUUCAUUGAGUGUCGAUGGUUUCGGUCCUCUGGGUGAUCGAACACAGUUGGGAGGGAGUGUUGUACUUACAACAGAUGUGGGUCAAGUAGUAUUUGUGUUUGCUUAGAAUAGCAUUUCCUUAUCGGGUGACAGAUGGAUAAGGAUAAUACAAAAAGCGCCAGAGAACCGACACUGUCACAAGAAAGUCAACUUAAUUGGUGUAUUUCUGUGCUUUUCAGCUACUAUCUGGACUUUAUGUAGUAAACCCCAACCAUCUGGUUUGCCAUGUCAGUAAAAACACUGAGAAUUUCUUGCAAGUACUCUGACCCAGAUCUGAUCUGUUGAUGUGUGGUAUGAAGCAGGAAGAAAGGUACACAAACUCAGUCACAGUGUAGUUUUUGUCAGUAAAGGUUUUUAUGGAUAGCACAUGGUCUAGGCAACUCCAGUGACAGAAAGCAGUAUUUUUUUUUCUUUUUCUUGUGAGUCAUGGGGUUGUACACUACCCAUGAAUUUUGUACAAAAGAGAGAAUAAUGGCAAGUUGUAACAUGAGAUUUCGUAAUAAAAUUUCUUUUUCCAAAAAUAA